CCAGUACUGCGGCCGCCUCCCGCCCUCGGCUCACAGGGCUGGGGGUGUCGGGCGGUGCCGCGCAAUGGCGGCGGUGCGGCGCGGUGCUCGCAGCCCUCAGCCCCUCCACACAGCACCGGCCGGGCUACAGGCGCCAUGACCCGUCCGCUCGGAGCGGGAUCGCCAUCCCCGAGCCCGCCCGCUACCCGCUCCGAGCGCCAUUUUGGGCUGGCAGCGGGCAGGGCCACGGCCCGGGACUGCAGAAACCAGGCUAUUACAGAGUUCUUCAAACCGGUUUUAAAGCAAGAGCUCGGCCAUAAAGACAGAAGCGUGUUGUGUUCCUCGGACACAGGAAACGUGAAGGAUGCAGGGAUUGGACUGUCUGUUCUACGCACCGAAUGCUUUGAGAAGCAAAUGACUCCUGCAAAGAGGGUUAGAAGGAAAAAGAUGCCGGACCCGACACCAAAAACAAGUCCUAUAUUAGAUGCCUUCCGGAGAGGAAUUGAGAAAAAAGGCAGUGUAAACCUAUUAGACAACAAUGCGGUGUGCAAGGCACUGGGUUCAGCAUGGCCAAGGGUUGUGAUUCGGAAACUCUUUGUAACUGCGGCAUCUCCCAGGAAUAUCUUGGCUGAAAAAGAUAAAGGUGUCAAGCCUGAGCAGGGAAGAAGUGAGAAGUAUCUGGAUGUAACAAGAACGCUGCUGUCUUGUGAGAACAGUUGGGAGCAGAAAACUGAUUGUAUGGAUGUAGAAGAGACCAGUUCAGACUCGGACAGAUGGGUUUUAUCAGAAGCUGAUUCUCAGAAAGCCUGUGCUAGAAAUAAAGGCAACGCAAGCAGCACGUCUCUGUGUCAGAACUCAGGGCUUCUCUUGAAGCUGCCCUGCACUCCUCCUGACUCCAAGUUUAGGUUAGCACUGGGAACUGUGCACAGAGGAGGAAAGCAGAAGACACACAGAACAAAGCGAUCUAAGGCACAUCACUUAAAGCCAUUGUCAGGAACAAGUGUCUCACAUCAGGGAAAUGGAUAUUCAAGGAAAAUAUCACAUUCUGGUUCGAGGGAGGCUGCUUCAGAUGGCCCAUCCCAGCCAAAGCAGAACUCGAAACAUGACGUAUCAUCUUCAAACUCAUUGAGAAUGUCCCCUGAGAAAGCUGCCAGUGUGUGGAAAAGCCAGUCUGUUCCAUUAGUCAGCCAUAAAUCUCAGAUAUCUUCUGGGAAGAGAAAACGCACUGUAAUGAGUGUGUAUGCAAACAGUUCGGAUCAGUGCGAAGAAGCAAGUUCCAGUGACCCUGCUUUGAGAAGGUCCUCUGCAACUGGGACAAAUGGGAAGUCUGCUUUAAUUAAAAACACUGUGCUAAAGUCUCAUGAUUCUCCUCACUCAGAAGAACACCUUGACUCAAGCCAUGAAAAUGAGAGAAAUAAUUCUUCUUCUGGGGGUUUGUCAUCAUAUUCUGUACAGCUUCUGGAUGAAAAUAGCCAGGUUUCUGUUAUAGACGCUAAAGAGAAUCAAUUGCAGGUGACCAGCUCACACUUCUCCUUGGACAAUUCCUUUCCUUCUCAGGAGGAAAGUGCUGUCUUGCCUUCUCCACACCAUGUCAAACAAACAAAUACUGUGCUCACAGAAGGUGUGAAAUCUCACCACCAGAAUGCUGUGUUCUCUCAGGUAAUACCAAAAAGCUGUAUGCACAAUAGAGCUGAUAGUAUUCCACCCAGAAACGCUUCUUCAAGAGCGGAAGAAAAGGCUUUAGAAGAUGUUUCUGAUUUUUGUCCAGUGGAAGGUUCUACAAAGCUCACAGUCUUAAAAAAGAGUGGUAAAAGGGUUCAGCGUUCAUUGCCUUUUGAACAAGGGUGUGAGGACAACAACUGUAAAGGAGAGUUAAACGCUGGAAGCCCCUGCACAGAGAUGUGCAAUAUGAAUGGCAAAUCAAAAAGCAGUUUUGAUAGUGAAGAUGAGACUUUGGCGCACAUUCUAGAUGAUGAUGAUGACAAUGAUGAUGAUGAAACAUUCAUACCGCUGCAAGAAAUCCUGUCUUCAAGUAGCAGGUCUCAGGCAGAAGCCCUGGGAGUAGAUAGUUUGGAUGAUCUCUUGAAGCGCACCACGGCUCUGACAGAUCAGCUUUCUAAGCCUUCUGUUGGUGCCCAGGUGUCAUAUGUGAACAGCUUGGAACAUCUCUUGAAGGAGAAGGAACAAUCUAAAAGGUUGGAUGAACUAGAAAAGCGAUUACGUGAAGACGUACAAAGGAAGGAAAUUGAUUCUUCAGAUGGAGAAAGUGAAAAUGCUGUGGAGAAUGGAGACCUCUCAGAAGAACACAGGGCUUUUAUAAAGAGAUUCUCAGUAGUAGCUCAUGCUAUACCUGACUACCAUCCUGGAGAGGAUGUAUUUGAUUUAUCAAUCUCUGGGCAAAUCUUCAAUCAACAUGACCUUGACUUGAGGAAUUUCCAUUUAAUCCCUCAAAAUCCUAUAGAAGAACUUCUUUCUAGUUCUGAUGUAUCACAGCAGCUCUUUUUGGCUGUUCAUGGUUUUCUAAGCUGUUACAGUUGUAGCGUGUGUCCCAUUCCAAUUCUAAAGUGGCUUUUUCAGAUGAUGUCUGUUCAUCCGAGCUGUUGUGUUUCCACUCAGAUUUUAGACAGGUUGAUAGAAAUAACACUAAACAAUGCCUCCAUCAGUGAUGACCAAUCUAAACUGUGGAUCCCUUCACUAGCUGAUGUGACAACUGUCUUUGUCAAUAUGGGUAUUGCGCUUAGAUCUCUUUUUCCAUUGCAACACCUUCAGCCCAACUUUAAUGAGCAUGAUAUUUUAAGUCAGAUGCAAGAAACAGUGAACAAAGAGCAGAUGGGAGGAUCUGCCAACCCUGUCAGUCCAGCCUUCUCCAGUCUACCAGAAAGCAAUCUAAUGAAUGUGAUCAAGUUCUUAGACUUCUGUACAACAGUAAUUCAAGACGGAUAUACAGAUGAAGAAAUAUUGCUGCUACUUCUGUUGCUUUUUAAAAUAAGCUUGGAGAAACAACUGAAGCAAGUUUCUUUAAUAGAUUUCCAGUGCCUUCUCACAAAACUCCUGAUAAGUAUUAAAGACUGGGGCACAAAGAUGCCUGAGCUCUGCCUGGGGGUGAGCGAACUCUCCAGUCAGCACCAUAAUCUGCUGUGGCUGGUUCAGCUGGUGCCCAGCUGGAUAACGCGUGGACGGGAAGUAAGACGACGCCUUAGCCUUGUGAUAAUUGCAAAGCUUCUUAACAAAAAGCAUAAGAAGAUACCUGACGACUCUGACAAGCAGAUGUCUCUUCUGCAUCAGUAUCUGGUGUACAUGAAGCCUUCUAACCUGCUAGAGAAGAUGAGAAAGGAUGAGCAGCAGAAUGUCAGUGAAGAACACACUGAAGAACACAUUAAUACAGAACUAGAACAGGAGGUAUAUUACCUCAUCUACAUCCUCCUCCAUCUAGUCAGUGAAGCUAGUUUCUUUGAGACCGUAAACUCUGAUGAAAGGCAACACUUACUGAAGCUUUGUGGUACCUUAGAUAAGCACAUAAAAUGUGAUAUUAGGGAAGAUGCAAGGCUGUUCUAUCGAACAAAGGUAAAAGACUUAGUUGCUAGGAUAUAUGGCAGAUGGCAAGAUCUGAUACAAAACAGUCGGCUUACUCAGGGAAAGCUGCAUGACUUCUGGGAGCCACAUUCGUGACAUCUCACCUAGAUCAGGGGAAUAACGAAAGGAAAUAGCUGAAACCAAGGGAUGUGUCGAAGGAGCAGCGCUUCACCUUGAUCAGAAGGCAAGAGUUUACUGGUCGCCUGAAUUAGAACCUCCGCUUGGUUCAAGCAGAUAUGAAAAAAACGGUGAUCCAAUGUGAUUGGCAUUGCUUUUAAUAUGAAUGUGGUACUUUCUGAAAGUGGGUGAACUGAAGCAGCAGCUGUUUCUAUAGCUCUGUCUGCAUUGCAUUUUAUCACACUGAAAGUUGAAGGAAGUUUUCUUAUUUCCAUUGUCAAUCGUGACGUGUCUUUGGAAAAUGCGUGUGUCGGUUUUCUUGCCAGCUCACACUUAUGUAAGUAUUGCUUUGAGAUAGCUGGGAAAGAACUGCCCUGUGAUAGGAAAUAUGAGGCUAGAAACAGUAUUAGACCUUCUCUGUUGUAAGCAGGUGAGGAAGUGUUUCACUAUCGAUCUGAAUAACAGCUGCCCACACACGUUGAGCUGCAAAGCAAGAUUAAUGGGCAUGACCAUCCAGUGUCUCUAAAUAAUAAAAUAUGGCAGUGACGUGCACGAGUGAUGGGGAUGUUGUGUUCUCUUGAGGGUGGAGACAGCUGGAGAGGCUGUGCCCAUGCAGUAUGAGUGGAUGCUGCUUUGCUCUCAUGUCUUCUAACAAAUAAGAAAGCAGAACUUACUGCACAUAACAAAACAGCAUUCACUGUUACUGCAGUGCAUUUGUUUGGACUUCCUCACCUUUGGGCACUAUUUAUGCAGUGAAUGUGACUGCACAGGAAGUGCCAUCAUUUAAAUGGUGCACUGUGUUUUGUCUGUGGUAGGUGUGAACAGGAAGUUAAAGUGUUGGGUAGAAUACCAAGUGGAAAGCACAGGUUUUUAAUACUAUUACAUGUGCGUUUUAGAGUAUUAUUUCCUUUUAAUCUUUGUAGAACGGCCUGUCUUAUCUUGUACAGUGAACUUCCUACAACUCGACGGGAAUGUAAAAUAAGAUUAAAAUUAAAGUUAAAUCUUAAGUCUGCAUGUUGUGUGUAAAGGAGCUGCUCGAGGUGGGACCCUGCCUCCAGGGAGGGCAUUUUGGUGGCGAUUCCCAUUCGGUGUUUUGUCUUUCCUUUCAAAUGUGUGGGGCUUAGGUGAAGUCUGCAGCAUCUCCGUACCCUUCCCAGGGUUGCUCUUAACUUCUCUUAGUCCCACCAAGUGCUGCGUCCAUCCUUACCCGAGGGCACAAAGAAGUCCCUUUUUUAAUCCUUGUGUUCCAGCGUGUAGUUUCAGAACUGGUCGAAUCUACCUCAAAGGAAAUCUUUGUUUGACAACAGGACUGUCUUAGACUGAAAACAGAAGUGAUGUGGUGAUGUACAGGUACGCCAACGCCAUUCUCUGCCCAUCGUUCCCUGUGUGACGACCUUCCCUCUGGUAGCAGUUGCUUCCUGUGUUGACUAUGUUGUACGUGAUUUUAUUAAUGUUUUUAUCGCUUUCUCACUGACGUUGUAUACAGUUUGUAAAAGUACAGACCAAGUUCACUUUAAUGUGUAUAUAUUUUCUUACCGUGUGUGUAAAAUUGUAUCUGUGGUCCUGUAUAUUUUGGAGAAGGAAGGGGGUGAGGUUUAGAUCCGUGUCUUUCUUUGUUCCUUGUAUUGCAGUUUGGAGCACCUUGAAAGUGCUGGGGAUUUUUCUUUUUUUUCUGUACUAAAUAACAACUUUGAUAUUUACUUUUAUUUAAUAGACCAAGGAGGAAAUAAAACCCAUCUUUUCUAAUGCAGCAUCUCUGUGCAGAGUCAGCACAUCAACCUCUGUGCAAGGAAAUGGCUGCAGGUCCCACCCGGGCCUUCCUGCAGCGUGUAGUUUCACAGCUGAUUCGCUUACUAUAAAUGGAGAAAGUCCUGAAGCAAUUCUUAGCUCUGCCAGUUCUGUGUUUUCAUGCUCGAUGCCUGUGUAUACAUUGUGGUGUUUUGCCUCUCUCCCCCUCCCUCUUUGUCUGGACUCCCUUCCGUCUGGCUGUAACUGAGCACCAAUCCCCCCUGCCUUGCUCCACCUGGACCUUGGUUGAACUGGAGCUCAUCCAGUCCCUGCAGAGGUGAAACCAAAGCAUCACUGCAGUGUCUUACAAGGGGCUGCUGAGCUGGGUGCUGCCCUGGGACCCGAGGAAUGGCCCAGCAAACCUGCAGCCAUCUUGUUUCACCCUCUCACUCACUGGCCCCCAGCCACAAGUUACGUGCAUUGCAAAAGGCUGUUUGCACACUACACUUCUUAACUACUUCGGUUGUUUUCAGAUAAGCGUUUUUGCACUGAGGUUUAUCUUUUUGAUAUGGUGUUGGUUGUAUUAAGAAUCAUGUUAUCUCGUUUCAUGGGCAAUUAGGUGUACUUUAUUGCAGUAAUCACAGACAAAAAGAAAUUAAAAGUGGGCUAUAAAAUAGA